AUGGAAGCAGACAAUAGAUAUAAUUCGGUCAUAUUUAGAGAAAGCUUCCAAGCAUAUGAAGAAGUGGGCGGACAAGAAGCGUCACCCCCUCCAAUUCCGAGCAGGAGAUCAAAUCCUCAUCAAGUUGAGACCAGAAACGAUCAGAUUUCGCAGCCGAAAGGACCAGAGACUAGUUCGAAAUAUGAAGGCCCGGUUGAAGUCCUUAAAAAGAUCGGGGCUACCUCCUACAGAGUUGCGCUACCCACAUUGAUGAAAAUCCAACCAGUAAUUCAUGUGAGCAACUUGAUGCCCUAUCACCCUGACCCAGACGACGACCAGCGAAAUGUAAUCACGAGACUGAGCAUCGAUCUAAAACAAAGAGACAGCAAUGAAAUAGAGAAGAUCCUAGCCGACAGGGUUAGGAAGAUAGGAAGACCUGUACAGACGAUUCGCGAAUUCCUUGUCAAAUGGAAGAAUCUCCCUAAGGAGGAAACCAGCUGGGAACGCACCGAAGAUCUGGACUCCGCCACCACCCACAUCGCCAGGUUUGAAAGUAGUCAGUUGACAGGGACGUCAACCAAUUAG